AUGUCCAACGAGUUCAUAGUUCAGACAAUCAAGAUGGUGCUCCAUGAUGUUAGAGAUCUGAAGGAUAUAAAGAAGAUACGGCUGACCAGACCGUAUCAAACAGAAAAGGUGCUGGUAAGGUUGACAAUGCUUGUGAAUGCUGUUAAGUAUGGUGAUCAACCAUCAUUAGAUCUUACGGAUUACACUCAAGGAUAUUCUGAAAGCAAAAUUUUGAAUUUCACUGUUAAAACUGGGUCUUUAGCAUCUCAGCAUUUUAAAGAGCUUAAAAAGGCAUAUCCAAUUGUGGAUAAUAGUACUGGAAAAGUAUUAAAAGGCACUAAAGAUAAAGUUCAAUUUUAUGACAAUGGGUAUCAUGUUUUCCUUAAUGUUGUCGCUGAAGCCUAUAAUGGUCUCACAGAGUUACAGUUGAAAGUCACGGAGUUUAAGAUUAUAAAUAAACAGCCUGCCAUGAUACUUAAGAUGAGUUUAAAUCAGCAAGCUAAACUUACUUCAUUAGUGAAACUAUUAGAGAAAAGAAGAGAGGAUAAUCUUAUUACGACACCAAAAAAUGAAGAAGAAAUUAAAAAAAUCAUUGCAGUGAUACGAAAGGAUGAUAAACCAGAAGAACACCAAUCUAAAAGACAAAAACCAAAUGAAGAAGAAGAAAAAGAAGCAGAAAAGGAAGAAGCACCAACUCAACAGUCAUCUGAUGGUACAAUAUUCCCAACAAAUCCUCUUUUCAAUCCACUUCCAGAGGAGCAACAAGAUGAAGUUCCACUCACACAAAUGCAAAAUGAAAUAUUUCAAGGAUCUGAUGAUUUUGAUCAAUUAAAAUCAGAUAAUAAUAUUCAAAGUAGUCAAAAUCAUGAUUCAUCAAAUGAAGGUAAUCUAAGAGUAUCAAAUGAUCAACCGCAACAAAUACUACCUAAGAUUGAGGAAGAAGAAACUGAUAAUGAGAUUCAAGUGAAACGUGAACCAAUUCUAAAUAAUAGAAUCAAAUUGGAAGAUUCUAAUGUAUCCUUAUCACAACAAUUAAGAGAUAAUAAUGUUGAAGUUAUCACAGUUUUGAAUGAUAGUGGUGAUGAUGAUAGUGAUAGCGACAGUGAUAUUGAGAAUGUAAAUGGAAAGGAUAGAACCGAUCAUGCGAGUACUGUUACUAAAGAUGUUCAAACUUCAUUAACACCAACUGUUCAAGACAAUGUUCAAUCACAAUCAGAUUUAAGCAAAACUAUAGAAAUUGCAAAAGAUAAUCAAGAUAAUAAUAACCCUGAACAAACUCCUAAUAAUAAUGAGAAUGGAGAAGAACAACCGCAACAAUUCAAUGAAUCUGAUGAAGUGAAUUAUGCCAAGUCACAAGAUGGUAUUGCAUCAAUUAUGAGUAGAUCAAUUGAAUUAGGUGUACCAUAUUCAUUCACCGGGUUUAUAAUUGGUAUUGAACCAUUAAAUUUUAAAGUAUUAGCAAAAUCAUUUAAUGAUUUAAUUAAAAUUACAAAUUUUAAACUAUACAUAUCAAAUAUUCCAUAUUUAAAUUCAAAUAUUUUCCAAAUUAAUAAAAAUGUUAUAUGUUUAGAAUUUAGAACUAAAGAGCAAAUUCUUUCAUUUUUUGGUUAUGAUGAUAUUGAAUUGGCAUUUUUAGAACAAGAUAAAAUUCAAGCAAAAUUAAUAAAAUUAUUAGAAACUAGACAUAGAUUAGAAAUUGAUAUUUUAAGGAAAGUGAUUAAUUUAAGCGUGGCACAAGAUUAUUUAGAUCAAGGUGUUGAAGAAGAAGAAUCAGGCGAUAGAUGGAUAAUAUCUGAUUUAUCUAAAUCUCUUAGAUUUUAUCAAAAAGCAUAUGAUUAUUAUAUUGAAGCUAUAAAUAAAAAUGAUGGAUUAGUUGAUGCUUAUUAUAAUGCUGAUAGAUUAUUAUUUCAUAUUUGGGAAGUGUAUCAUUCUAUUCCUUUGAUAAUUUUGAAUAAUGUUGAUGGUUGUGAUGUUGUUAAUUAUCCUCUUAGGGAGAUUAAAGAAAAACAUGAAUUUGUUAUAAAGAAAUUCCCACAAAUUACAUGGGAAUUGAAAUUUAAUUUAAUUUUGAUAAAUCUUGAAAUUAUUGAAGAAUUUAAUGAAAAUUUUAAGUAUGAAGAUUUAUUAAAGAUUUGUGAUGAUUGUGUUGGGAUUUUAGAAGGGGUUUUGGAUUAUCAAUUGAAAGAAUUAGAUUUAUUUUUGAAAAAAUUGGAGAAUCCAUUUGAAGAUCAAGGAGAUCAAGAUGAACAAGGAGGAGAACAAGAUGAUGAUGAUUAUGAAGUUAUGGAACAAAUCACACCAAGUAGUGUGCUGGAAACUGUAUUAACCAGUUAUAAAUUAAUUGAAACAAGUUUGGGGAAUUGUGAAAAUCAAAUCCAAAUAAAUUUAUUAAAUGAAAAUUUUAAAUCAUUUCAAAUCAAAUUGAGUGAAAUUUUGGAAUUAUUAUUUGGAAAAUUCAAUCCUGAUUUAAAUCCUGAAAAUAAAUAUCAAUUAAAUUUUAUUCAACAAGAAAUUCAAGAUAUUAAACUAGUUAUUCAUACUAAUGAAGGAUUUCUAAUUAAUGAUUAUGAAUCAUUAUUAACCCAUUGGUCAAAUUCUGAAAGGUUAAAAGGAUUAGAACAAAAUUCAUCAAGAUAUUUAGCUGAAGCUGAUAGUUUCCAAAAUUUUAAAGGAUUAUUAUCAUCUUCACCUGAAGGAUUAAAUAGUGAAUUACAUUGGAUUAUAAUAAAUCAAAUAAAUUUAAAUUUGAAAAAAUCUCAAGAAUUAAUUAAAUUAGAAAUGGAUACUGAGAUUUUGAAUAAAACUGCAGAAGUAUCUUCCAAGAACUCCAAGAUUAUUGAAGUAUUAAUCCUUAGAGCUGAUAAUGAAUUAAUAAGAAGUUCAUUUAAAGAUUUAGAAUCAUCAAUCAAAAACCAUGAUAUCUUGGUGCAAAAUGCAAUAAAUUUAUUAAAAAAUGGAUUAAAUUUAAGUAAUGCAAAUUGUGGAUUAAGAGAAACUAUAAUUGAUAAAUUUAAAAAAGAAAAAUUGAAAAAAGAAUGUGUGUUAAGAUUAUUAUUAUUAACUAGAGAUUCAAUAACACAAGAUGAUCUUAUUAGAAAUAUAGGUAUUAAUUAUUAUUCAAAAGAAGUUGAAGAUUUACAAAAUGUUGAGAUUUAUAAACCUUUAUUUUCAAAAGUUGUAUAA